AUGUUCGUCUCCUGGAAUGAGGAUAAUAUUUGGCCUGACGUGGAACUCUCGCCCGAAGAGUUUGAGUCGGCCUACAUCGAGUUUUCCAUCUAUGCACGGAACUGGUUCACUCGAAAUGACCUCAUCGGCAAAGCCUUUCUGCAGCUGAAAAGCAUCAAUGCGCGGCAAGGCCAUGUCUACAUGAAGAAGUCCCUCCCUUUGCGCAAAGAUGGCGAGACCUCCGCAAAAGGCAUGAUCACCUUGACCGUCUUUUGCCUGAAGCCGGGCGAAUCAGCCCCUCAGGGCGAAGAGGUGAAGGAGGAAGGUGAGGACCGAGAAGAUCUCGAGGACUUGAGUAAAGCCGUGCUGGGUUCAUCGGCAGACACCGGCGACACGGGGAAGAACUACCACGUGUUGAUCAACAUCUACCGCGCAGAGAACCUCGCGAAGAUCUCCGGUGCCAAUCCCAACCCUUUCGUGACAGUGGAGUUCGCAGGUGCGUGCGUGAGAACCACCCCUGCAUAUGACGUGGAGCAAUACACCUGGAACGAGUGUGCACGGAUUCCGGUGCAGACGCCAGUCUACGAGGACACCAUCCUCAUCAAGCUUUGGAGCGGAGGAUCGGCGCUGACCAUGACACCGGACACCUUGCUGGCUCAAGGGCUGAUCUCCUUUAGCGAGCUACGCAACAACUCACUGCCGGCCAGAUGGUUCUGCCUUUAUGGUUGGGAUCCCGAAGAGGUUCCAGACGUGAAGUCCAUCUCCAAGAGCGGAGAGAACAUCAAGCCGAACUGCUUCAAGGGGAAGCUCCUCAUCAGCGGUCGUGUCGAGCGCUUAGGGGCUGAAGAUGUGAUGAUGGCUGCGGGCAUCACAACUUCCAGAAGUGCCCCGGAGCCGCGCAAUAUGCAGCUUGCCUUGCUGGCGGACGUCUACGAGGUCUGCGGCGCCGUGGGCCGCGAGUGCCAAGUACAGUUGGCCUUCGGCAGCAGCACCAAGCAGACCAAGGACUGGGUCUCCCCAGGUGGCCUUGACAAGAUUGCGGCCAUCGAACAGCACGGGCAGGGCGCGGUGACCGAUGACUUCGGAGAAGAUGACAAGAUCUACGAGGUGGAAGAUGUGACCACCUUUAGCUUCACACAGGAGCAGGGGCGCAUUGAGCCGAUCCUGACCAUGGCGCCCGAGGAGGCCAAAUCUCAGCCGCUGGUCAUGGUGAACGUCUACACCCGAGGGCUCCUGUCAGGCAGGACACGGGUGGGCUAUCAAAUGAGGCAGCUCGAGACCUUCAAGAAGUACGAGCCCGGGAAUCCUGGACGACCCCGCUACAUGCCACUGGAGCCGAUGCCUUUCAACACGCACGCACGUAUUCCUGGAUCCGUUUUAAUGGUCAUCGAGCACUUCACCACGGAUGACGUGCCACGUCACAACCGGAGGACUGUCAAGCCCAUGGUUUACAUCGUCCGGGCGUACGCCUUCAUGGCACGCAACAUCAAGGUGGACACGGCGAAUACCAACCUGGCGCUCCGGGUGGCCUGUGCCGGGGUCUCGAAGACCACCAACCCUGAAGCGAGCCAGGUGCGGCCCAUGUGGAUGAAGCCCUUGGAGUUGAAGGUGACCUUAUGCUCUGAUCAUCCCAAAGAACCUCCGACGAUGGAGCCAAUCACGGUGACGCUGCUGGACAGUCAAACCAUCCUGGGAGUAAAGAACGACCGGGACAUUGGGAAGACAGUGUGCACAUAUGAGUACAUGCGGCAGAAGGACAACAUGGGACGAUGGGAGCCGUAUCGGUUGCAGCCCCAAUGGGUGAAACUCUUCGGCGGCAACUAUGGCAGCGUGGCCAUGGGUGAAGUUCUGAUCGGCUUCGAGCUGCUGCACAGCAAGUUCCGCGCCGACCUGCCGGCGAUCCAGAUGUGGCCAGUCCCCGAGGAAGAAUUCGACCCCAAGCGUCACUUCUCAAAGCUCAAGAAGGCCACGCUCCAUUUUUCCUUGUACGGCCUAAGGGACUUGAUCCCCAACGGCCAUGAGGACCCGGUGGUGAAUGUACGGGUGAAGAAGUUCGAGAAGCCGCAACCCGCCGACCCCACUGGAGUGCCACCAAGCAAGUACUACUCGAUGAACUUUAAGUAUGAGAAGUUGGUGCAUGAAGGCCAAGAGGACAAUAAGGACGAUCACUGCCACAAGUGGAGGACGGAUGCUCUAGGGCAUCAGGGCUGCCGGAAUCUUGAGUUCUUCCAGGUCCGGAAGAUCAAUGUGAAGGUCCCGGACAAGGAGAUUCUGCAACCCUUCAUUGCCAUCCGAGUCUUGGAGAAACCGGUGGAACUCUUUCAAGGCACCGCGCUUCAAAUGAAGCCCUUCGGAGAUGAGGGGGCCUUGAUUGGCGAGAGCCGGCAGAGUCUAAAUCGACUCUACCCUUGCACGUGGUACGAAGGAGUUUCGUUGGAUUAUCCCUACAGCGCCCAGGAGAACCGGAUCAAGAAAGGCGUGGAUAAGGCGAUCCGUGCCUGUGCUUCCAGGACGAUCUUCGAGGAGGAGACACCCGAGGAUCGUGCACGUGAGUUGCAGGUGGAACGAGAACAGCGGCGACAGGAACAGAUGAACUACAUGAAGUCGCUCAUCACAAUGGAAGAGGAGAAGGCUGAGACCAUCGACAGCCGGGCCUUGCCACUGGAGCUGAGGCCCUUCAAGUCGGUCUUCAACCCAGCGGGCUAUUUGCCGGAAGACCGCGAAGCCUUGCAGUUGCGUGAGGAGCACAUCCUCAACAUGGAACAGUUGGGCAAUUUUCCCCUUUGCUUCGGCGAGCGUGCUCAUGCUGAAGCCGGGGGAGCCGGCUUGAGGCUCCGAGGGAAGCUGGAGCAGUCGAAGCAGGUCCAUGUUUUCAAGCCCGACUUUUGGUACCAGAACGCGCCCCUGAUGCGGAACGCGGACAUCGUCCAGGAUGACGAGCUCACGGACUGGAACUUCUCCUACGAGAAGGUCUUUGGCUUUGUGAAGUGUGUCUUCAAGUUGAUGGACGGUUGGGAUCGAGAGGCGCAAUCUGACGACGCUGCAGGCACCGCGCUGGCCAUGGCAGAGGAGGUCGAAGAUGAGGGCGAAGAUGAGGCGGCAGAUGCCGAGGUCGCCUCCCAGGCCAUGGCGCAGGUGUCCUCGAAGAAGGAGGACGAUGCAGGUGUGGUGACCGAGGAGGACAAAGCGAAGUUGAGAAGAUCCGUGGGCUUUGACGACGACUUGGAUUCCUACGCCUUCGAUGUCACGCGGCUCACCAAUCGCUUCAAGAACAAAGAGCGAGUGCCUAGUCGCAUCCGCGUGCGGAUCUAUUUCGUGAAGGCCAUUUGCAUCUUCGGGAAGCAGGUGGAAGGCUUUUUCGGAAAGGCCUUCAUUGACCCCUACUUGGCUUACAAGUUGGGCAACGUCCUGGUGUCCAUGAGGAACAUGGCACAGUUCAACACCAAUGUGCCCAGCUUUUACCGUGUCGAGGAACGCGAUGUGGUCAUGCCAGCAGAGGCGAGAUUGCAGGUGGACCUCUUUGAUUUUCAAGAUGGUUUCAGCGAAACCAUCAACGGGGAGAAGCUCAUCGGCAGCACCGUGAUCGACCUUGAGGACCGGUGGCAUAGCUCCGCUUGGCGCGACGCUAUGGACCGAAAGCAGCAGAUUCCCACGGAGGACCGACCGUUGAUCAAUCCUCAACUCUCGGGACAGAACUGUGGAAGCAUCGAGAUGUGGGUCGAGAUGAUCGAUAGCGUGAGAGCCUCUGACAUCAAGGCCUCGGAGCUCCGCAAGCCACCAGCGAUGGAGAUCGAAGUGCGACUGGUGAUCCGGACCUGCAAGAAUGUGAAGCCCAUGAACGGCGACAAGACAGAUGUGAAGGUCACUGUGGAUCUGGAAUGUAAAGAGUACGAGGGCGUUUCGAUGGGUUUUCCCAAGCUGCAAGCCACGGACGUGCACUACGGCGCGCCGGGCAAUGCCAUUUUCAAUUGGCGUGUCGUGUAUCCGCGCAUUGUCAUGCCGACCAAGAGCUGCACUAUGGACCUGAAGCUGUACCAAGCCAACAGCAUCUCCUCGGAUGAGUUCAUCGGCGCCGUCAGCAUCGACCUGCGACGCUACGUGGAGCGUGUGGCCCGCGACAUGGACAUGAUUUUCAUCGAGAAGGCCGAUUUGCAGUUCUCCGCCAACAGCGGCGGCGAGGAGCUUUCGCCCGAGGAGCCGCCAGCGGAGGAGGAGCCGGUGGGCUCCGUCCAGUUCGAGAUGUGGUUCAUGACCCAAAGCGAGGCCAAUCAGAAGCGCGCCGGCAAAGGCCGUGAGGACCCCAAUGACUUCCCACAGCUGGUGACGCCUGCAGAGGGGCGCGGCUGGGCGGACUUCGCCGCGGGCUUCUCCUUCUCCUUGCCCGACUUUGGCCUAAUGAAGAAGAUCAUUCCCAUCGUCCUCUUCACGCUGCUGUGCCUGGUCCUCUUACGCUUCAUCGGACUCCUUUGA